GAAAAAGAGAAUAAAAAAGGAAACCAAAAAAAACAAAACAAAAACAAAAAUUCUCUUCUACAUUUCCCGUAAACUAUUCUGUCUACUUUCUUAUUUAAUGUAUCUAUGAGAAUAGAAUUACUAAUUUCUCUUGUCUAGUUUAUGAUUGGUUAUAAAAUGAAUAACUAGAACCAAAAAAUAAUUAUAAAAAUAUAAAAAAAAAACUUCACUCCUUUCAUUAUGAAAAUUAAAAGUAACAAAUAAUUUGUUUACUUUAUGAAUUGGAAUUUACAUAAUGAAAAACUAUAUUAUGAUUGUUGUGAAUAAUUAAAUCAUUAAUAAAAUGUCAACAGAAUAUACAGUCUUAGACUCUACAAUUUCUUCUCAACCAUAUUCAUCUAAUAAACAAUUUACAGAUGAUAAUCAAAAUAAUUUAAUGAAUAAUUUCAUAUCUGAUAUAUAUUCAACUUCAUUAUUUGAACAAUUUCCAUUUUCAUUGAAAAAUUUCCCAUCAACAGGAACUUCUUUACCUACCAACUCUCCUAAUCUUUCAUCAUCACUCCCAUUAUCAUCAAUAACAGUUCAAAAAUUAUCAAAUAUGGAAAUAAUUCAAGAAAAUGAUAUACAUAAUGUUAACUUUCAAUUGUAUCCUAAUAAAUAUAAAUUACCAUUAUUAUCUACACAUCAGCUAACAGAUAAUCAUAUACAUUCAAUGUCAACAACUGACACAAAUAUUCCAUUGACUUCUACCAUAGUAACAAAUUCUUUAAAUAAAACACAAUCCAAUGAAUCUAAUAAAUCAAUCAUAAAAAAAACAAAAACUUAUCAAAAAUUAAUUAAAGAUUGUACUGGAUGUAAUCAACCAAUUUAUGAAAAAAUUUAUCUUGGAUUAUCUGAUGGACAAUUAUGGCAUAUGAAUUGUUUAAAUUGUAAUACAUGUGGUAAAUGUUUAGAUAAAGAAACUAGUUGUUUUAAUAGAUAUGGACAAAUUUAUUGUCGUAAAGAUUAUGAACUAAUUUUCGGAUCAUUCAAAUCUAGACCUGUUUGCACAUACUGUAAGCAAUUAAUCAGUUCAAAUGAAUUAAUAGUACGAUCAAUAAAUCAAUUAAUAUUUCAUUCUGAUUGCUUUUGCUGCAAUAUUUGUCAUCGUAUAAUGAAAUGUGGUGAUCGAUAUGAGUUGGAUAACGUUAGUCAUCAACCGAUAUGUUGGGAACACUAUCAGCAAUCUCAUCAUCAUCAACUGGACUCAUUCCUAAGUUGUACAGAUCUAUGUGAAGGUAUAAAAUGUUUAAGAGAGAGUGAUCAUAAAGAUCCCGGAAAAUUAAAAGAACUGAGUGGCCAGAUUUAUUCAGCUGAUGGAAAUACAAAUGUAAACUUUAUUCAGGCUAGUGAUGUUCUAUCAAUUCGUGAUACCGACCCUGACAUUGAAGACUUACCAAUAGAAUCCUCAUCUCGAACAGACUUCCUAGAACAUGGUAACAGAUUGAAUUUUAUUGAUUAUGGAGUAAAGCAACAGCAACCGAAAUCAUCAGUCGACAGGGUUAUUGAUAAACGUAAGGAUGAAAAGUACAGUCGAUUUAACUCAUAUUCUAUUCCCUUGAUUGGUAAAGACAGUUCAACAAUCGAAUUACUGCCAAAUUAUUUAUCCCAUAAACCAAUUAAUUAUUUGCCAUCAUUAUCCCAUCAUUUAGUACAAGAUAACUCAUCAUAUUCACCGUGUAAUCUUUUCAAUCAGCCAUUACGUAAACUAGAAAGUGAUUCUUCGAAUGAGAGGCUAUGUUCUUUAUACGAAACUUCAUGCUCUUCUUGUACUUUAUCGUCUUCGUCUUAUUCACCUUCUGUCCUUCCGCUCUGUACAUCUCUGAAAACAAUAUCAUCAUAUCCCUCUUCUGCAUGCUGCAGCAUACCAUUUACUUCAGCUUGCACACCUACUUUAUCAAACACUUCAACACCCCUUUUAUCACUUCCAUCACAUAAUCCAUCAUCAUUAUCGUCAUCAUCUCCACCUUCAUCAAAAACCAGAUUUAUGCAUAAACAUUUGGAUGUUUCUCCGUUGAAUUAUUCAUCACUAUUAUCUAAUAAUAAUCCCUCAACACUAGUUGAUUUUAUAGAUAGAAAAAACCCGUCAGAACUUAAUAAAUCAAUUGAUUCAAAUAUUUUAAUUCAACAUGUACAACAACAGAAAAGAAAUCGUAAACGUCGAAGUGGUAUACAUCAAGUUUUUGAGAACGAAUGUUUCAACAGUGGGACAAAUUUUUAUCUAGGCAUUACUACCAGACAAAAACGUAUGCGUACAUCCUUUAAACAUCAUCAAUUGAGGACAAUGAAAGCUUAUUUCAAUAUAAACCAUAACCCUGAUGUUAAAGAUUUAAAAGUAUUAACAGAGAAGACAGGAUUGUCAAAACGUGUUCUACAGGUUUGGUUUCAAAACGCUCGAGCAAAAUAUCGGCGUAAUUUAGUCCGUCAAGAAAAUACUUCAACGUCUGUAAAUAAUAAUAUUAAUAAUAGUUUAACAAGUGGUUUAAUUACAUCUUCUAACUGUGGUUCUUCAGAAAUGAUAGGCAAUUCCAUUUCAGAAUGUGAUAGUCAAUCUAGUCAAAUCAAUCCAGAUGAUUUUACUAUCAGUCAAACAACACCAUCUUCAACAUCACCACAUAAAAACGAUCUAAUACAAGAUGAUGAUGAUGAUGAUGAUGAUGACGAUAAUGUGGAUGAUGAUGAAGAAGAAGAAGGAAGAGUAAAUGACAUGAAUGAUAUUGACAAUGAACUAGAACAUAACCAAAUAAUGAGUGUUUUAAAUAAAACUGAUUGUCAAACAAAUCAGAAUAUACAAGCAAAACAAUGUGAAAAUUCUAAUUUAAUUGAUUUUGAAGAUAAUCUUAACUGUUCUCAUUAUCAUGAUCAUCAUUCAACAAAUGAACUGCACAAGUUAACUUCACACAAUGAACAAGAACAACAACAACCAUCAAUCAAUUUGACUCCAUGUAUUACUUCAAUUAAUUCAUUCACAUUACAUUCUGCCUAUAAUACAGAUAAUAUAUUAAUAUCCCAAAAUAAUAAUAAUAAUAAUGAAAGUAAUAAUAAUAAGAAUAAUAAGAAUAAUAAUUAUAAUUUAAUAAAUACAAAUAAAAUCUAUCUUGAAAAUGAACAUCAACUAACUACAAAUAUGAUUAAUUAUACAGAUAAAUUAAAUAAUCUUGUUUUAUCAAAUAAAUGUCAUCCUGUAAAUUGUUUCACAUUAACUAGAAUUCAUUAAGAAUAUACCCCCUUUUGAAGUUAAUAAAUAAAAUUAUCGAAAUUAAUGAACAAUAAUCAUACUCCUCCUCCUUCUCCUCCUCCUCCUCCUCCUCCUCCU